AGAUGUCGAUAGUGUAGCUUCCAAAAGUCAUGGCGAAUUUUUUUCAUUAGAAUUUACUGGUUCGCUAUAUUUCGUGGGUAGACUUAUUGUUACCUCGUCGAAGUAAUAAAAGUUAGUUAUUUGUAUUUGUACGGUGGAAGCUCUAAAGAUAAGUGCGUUGUCAGCGACCAGUACCAUCGCCGACUGUGAAGACUUUCAACUCUGAAGAAUCGUGUCGAAUUUCGGGGAUUUCAAGAUAAAUAAAAUUAUUAUUUUAUUCAACAUUGCACUGUACUCUUAAUAUGACGCAGUAGACGCUCAUAAGCGUCCGAUUUCCAUCAAUUUUUCAAACACAAAUCAGGUCGGUAUUGGAAAAAAAAUGUGAUUGAACCGGCGAAUUGGUCUGACGGAUAACCUUCUCGGCUGCAGAUAUUUAUGGCGAUGAACGAGGGAGCACCGAUGAUAUACCAUGGGAACGGAGGGUUUGGUGGGCCAGGGCCUAUGUAUAUGGUAGGAGUAGAACGGCAGGCACGGCACUACCCUCUAGAGGUGGUGCAGGUACCAGGGGCCUCGCCUGCUAAUGGCCACGGUACACCGCGCCGCUGGCAUCAGCGCCGUGACCGCCAUAAAGACAAUACUGCAUUUGGCUAUGAUUCAGAUGACUCUAGCUUAUCUAGCAAUGCAUCUGGUUCCAAUAAAUCAGGUGAUAAAGGGGAAGCGUCGUCGCGCGGUUCCAGUAGCGGCGUAUCGCCGGCAGGCGCGGGCGCGGGCGCAUCAGCGGGUGCUGUAGUCGGUGCGGGUUAUGGCGGGUACGGGGGGGGCACGCGUGAAUGGCGCGAGUGGCGGUCGCGCCGCGGCAGGGAAGCGCACGCGCGUCCGAGACGCAUCGCACCCGAACGAUAUCUCAACGCCUCUUACCCCUUCCAAGUCAAGUUCACACCGGAUGAUUUGCUCAAUGGCUCGAAAUGGGACACCCUCUCACAAGAGAUGUGGGACAAAUUUGUCAAGUCACAGCAAACCGAGGAAACCUUUAGGAAAAAAAUGAACCUCUGGCGCUACCUUUAUAUCACUAUAAAGUCGAUAUUCCCUCGGUACGGGUUGUACGUGGUGGGGUCGACGAUGUCCGGGUUCGGCCUGGAGUCGUCGGACAUGGACCUGUGUCUGUACGUACGCCCGCUCGACAACGUGGAGCCGCGCGCUCACGCCCUGCUGCAUCUCAACUACAUACUAGGAUACAUCAAGAGCUUCGAUCCUGGUGCGGAAUUAAUACAGGCUAAGGUGCCUAUUCUUAAAUUCCGUGACGCGCGCAACGGUCUACAGGUAGAUCUGAAUUGCAACAACGUGGUCGGUAUACGCAACACUAAUCUGCUCUACGGAUACUCCAGGAUGGAUUGGCGCGUGCGGCCUCUAGUGGCGUUGACAAAGCUGUGGGCGCAGGCGCAUAACAUCAACGACGCGCGGCAACGCACGCUCUCCUCCUACUCGCUCACACUCAUGGUGAUACACUUCCUGCAAUGUGGCACGUCACCCAGCAUAUUGCCGCGAGGCGCAUGCGCGGGGGAGGGGUGGGGGGAGCGGCGGCCACACAAUCGCGCUUCCCUGGCUGAGCUGUUCCUCAACAUGUUGCGAUAUUACGCAGAUUUCCCGUAUAGCAGUAUGGCGGUGAGCGUGCGCGCGGGCGCGAGAUUGCCGAUAGCGGAGUGUAGAGCACAGCGCGCGCACAAGAACGAUCCGCACCAGUGGAAGCUGCUCUGCGUAGAGGAGCCGUUCGAUCUGACGAACACGGCACGCUCUGUGUACGACCCGGAGACGUUCGAGAAGAUCGUGAGCACAUUCCGCGACAGUCAUUCGCGACUAGCGCACGGCCUCCGGCUCGCCGACGCGUGGCCGCAGCGAUGACGUAUACCGCGUACCCUAUACCGUAUACACGCAGGAACUGUCGCCGCGGCCCGCCGCGAACUACAUAUAAACGCGCCUUUUUAACUUAACUUAUUUAAUUAAAAUAAUGUACAUA